CGGUCACUUUUAGUUCGGCUAUAGACGUCUUUCUUUUUUUAAUUUUCGACUAUUUAGGCUAUAGAUUUUUCUAUACCCACUUGGUUUGCAAUUUAGGCGUUUUUAGAGCCUCUUCGCUUUUGAUCUCAUUUCCCUUUUCGGUUUUUGCCACUUUUAAGAAAGAUGGAUGCUGCUUUGGAGGCCCAGUUGAAGACUUUGAAGAAGGAGUUGGGUGCUGAUGAUGAUUCCGUAUUUUUAAAGGUCAAGGAGCUCAUCCUUGAUGGAUCAUCGAUCAAGUCCAUCAGCAUCGAGGAGGGUGAGAAGCUGGAAAAGUUCAAGAAUUUGACCAAACUUUCACUCAACGGGACUGGAUUGACCUCUUUGACAAACUUUCCAGAGCUUCCAAGUCUCAAGAUUUUGGAGUUGACCGAUAACUACAUUUCCGAUCCUAUUAUCUUUACCAUUAUCCCAAAACUUUUCCCAAAGCUCAAAGUUCUUCACAUUGGCGGAAACCAUCUCAAGAAUCCAAAGGAUGUCAAGUCACUCGGUGUGAUGCCGGAUUUGGUUGCUCUUGGUCUUGCAAUGAAUCCCAUGGCAAAUGAGAAGGACUACCGCGAGAUCGUUUUCGAAUCCUUGCCAAACUUGGAGAUUUUGGAUCAGGUAGAUUCCUCCGGUGUAGAGUACAACUACUCCGACGACGAAGCCUUUGACGAUGAAGAUGCUGAGGGCGAAGCCGAUGACGUUUUGAAAAAGUUUUAUGAGACUGAAUACAAGAGCGACGACGAAGACGAUGAAGAAUUUGAUCCAGAAAACCAACCUGAUGUUGAAGAUGAAGAUUUUGACGAAGACGAAGAAGAUGAGGAAGACGACGCUGAGGGCUCUACAAGCAGCAAGCGUCCCCUUGAAGAAGAUCCUUCCACCUCGUCCUCAUCAUCCUCCAAACCAAAGUUGGAGUAAUUUAUUUCCUA